CAAAUUUUUGGUUGGCAGUUUAUAAAUUUACGAUUUAGGAAAUUUAUCAAGAAAAUACUGACGAUGCAUUAUUUCUUUAUGAUAUUAAAGGCGACAUGUUUCAGUGUAUAGCUGAAUGAAGACUCUGUAGGCCAUUAUAAAGAAGUGGAUCUGGAUAAAUCUGAUGCCUCGAAUUCGACUUCGCCGUAAGGCCAUUUUUUACCUGUUUCUGGUAGUAUGUGUGAAUGUUAUUUUAUGGUGUCUGCUUAAUGCCAUACAUUGGGACCAUCAUGUGUCGUUUAGGAAGUUAGCUAUAAACUCAUCAAUGAAGCAGUUAAUUAAUAAAUUGGUUCCAGAACCUAAACAUGUUUUGACAUUUGAAAUUGGAAGGCCGAAACCAGAAGGAGAUUCUUCAUUCUGUCGUUUUACUCAAAGUGUUGGCCUUGAGCUCCUUGCUGAAAACUACUUAUACCCUAAAAAAGACAUUGAUGAAAGAAAAUGCUCAGGUGAGACUAGUAUAUGUUCAGUAACUGUUACCCAAUCUACCUCACAUCUCAUUAACUGUCAAGACAAUCCUUGUGGAUCUUUUGUAAAAGUGGGUACAAUAUUCAAAGAAACAGGUAAAUUGCAAUGGGAAGAUGUCAAUUCAGGCAGACUUGAAAAUUUUAUUGAAGAAUUUGUUAUUGAAAAUCUUGAUGAUAUGUAUCCAUUUUUCAUGCUAAAAUGUAAAAACAGAACAGACCAUGAUAAAACCACUGGUCAGACUCCACAUUUGGUUGCAAUACCUUUGUCUACAGCUACAAAUAUAUCGGAGACUAAAAAAGAUGUCAAUAUAAAUAUCUUGUUUUUAAAUGCUGUCUCAAGACGCCAUUUUUACAGAUCUUUACCAAAAACAAUAGCAACAUUCCGUGGCAUUAACCUGAACCCUAAAUCAACAUCCAAUGUUUUAGACUUUGAACUAUACCAAGCUUUAGGAUCCUCUUCCAUUGAUGCCAUUAUGGGUCUUAUAAAUGGUGAAAGUACUAACUUGAAAUCUAAAUCAAAGAAUUUGCUAAGACACUUUAAAGAAGCAGGGUAUCAAACCCUUUGGCAAACAGACAAAUGUUGGCAAUCUGACUCGACAUUUUUUGACUUUUUUGGCAUCGACAAGGGAAAAAACGAUUUGGAUGCAUUAAAAGGAAUUUUAAACAAUGAAUAUAUUGAUUCAACUGGUGUUACACAUGCUGGUUGCUUGAUGAAAAGUGUCAUUCCAACAGAAAAGAUGGACUCUGUUGAGCACUUAUGUGUAAAUGGAAGAUUUCAACAUGAUUAUUUAUUGGAUUAUGUAAUGCAAUCUUUGAGUGCCGUUACUGGACGUCCAUCUAAACCACUGUUUUCCCUAGCAUCUUUGAGUUUAGGAGAAGAAGCAAGUGGGAGUCAUAUACAACUAUUGGAUGCAUCUCUUGCAAGCUUUGUUUCUAAAAUGGCUGCAGACAAGAACACCAUAACUAUUUUGAUAUCAGAUCAUGGAAACACAUUUGAUAUGUUUCCUGUGCAAACUAUGGAGGGUCAAUAUGAACAAUACAACCCAUUCUUAUUUAUGGUUUUACCUACUUAUGUUGCUUGGCGACUUGGGGAAUCCAAGAAAAAAUAUGUUUUAAAUAAUCAAAUAAAACUAAUCUCAAUUUAUGAUAUUCAUAAUACAGUGUUUUCAUUGGUUGAAAAUCCUGCACCAUCAAAUGAGACCAUGAGCAAUGGAUUGUUUGAGAAAAUUGAUGUUGAAAGGAAUUGCACUCAUCUCAAAUUGUCAAUGUCUUCUUUGUGCAUUUGUGAUGGCUGGAACUCAAAACAACACCCAAACAAUUUCCAUUAUAUAAUUGCUGAGUUUGCUUUAGGUCAACUGAAUAACUUAAUUGCAACUCAGUACUUCAAUCAAAUGAGCCAGGACGUCCCAUUUAAAACGUGCGAAAGACUAAAAGGAGCUUUAUUGCAGAAUAUCAAUCAAAAACGAAUUCAAAAUGGUUACAUUGCCACAGAAAUCGACAUUGCCGUACAAAGUAACGUAUUGUAUCGUGUCAAUGUUAAAUGGCAUGGAGAUCACAAUCCCGCGAUGGAGAUGGCUCUUAUAAACUAUGAAAGAAAGCACAACGAUCAAGAACAUGCGUCAUCAUGUUCUACUUACAUCGAUCGUGACUUGUGCGUUUGUCAAUCUUUGCAACAUGCCUCGAUGCCAGGCAAAAUCCCAAAUUGGAGAAGAUAUGGUGACGUCUUUCAGAGAAGUACAAGAGCGGAUAAUCGCCAUAAUCACUGUCUUUACAUUCUCUCUAGAGAAUACAGUGUAAGCACAGUGUUUGAAGCAGCAAACAUGUGUAAUCAUGUGACUUACUCUGUUAAGAUUAACUUCGAAUUGGAAAACAUGAGAACACCAACAGAACUACCAGUAAAUGUUACUAUUCCUCCAAAAUCUAUAAAAUUCUUGACAUUUGUCAUGCCUUUGCAUUUAACAAAUCCUGGAACAUGGGAAUACGAAGUAGACUUUACUGUUUCAUAGAGUAAGUAAUAAUUAUGGUUUUUCAUAUAAACAUAAGAUGAAAGCAAAACUUAAUGCUUUGGAUCCAGUGAUUAACUCCAGUGAGAAACAACAGAUUUGUCGUAGUUAGCAACAAGCUCAGGAAACAAUUUCUUCAUAUUAAAAGACUUGAAGAACUGCAA